UCCUCUCCUCCCCAUCCCGCCGUCCCCUCCUCUCCCCUCCCCUCCGCUCUUUCUCCGGCCUCCUACCUCCUUUCCCUGUCCACCCUCCCUCCAGUCCCCGCCUUACCCCUCCGCCCCUCGCUGCCGCUCCGCCGGGCGAACUGCGCGUUGCUGCGUCAUCGCCCGUGGCCGAUUUGAAUGAGACUCGUCGCAGCGGAGUCGCAGCCGCCAGCACCGCGCCGCCGCCGCAGUCUCUCCUCGCUGUUUUCCCUUCGCAGGCCCUGCCAGGGCAGCCUUCCUGCGCUACCGUCGCUCCUGGCACCCCGCCAUGCCGCUGUACUCCGUUACUGUAAAAUGGGGAAAGGAGAAAUUUGAAGGUGUAGAAUUGAAUACCGAUGAACCUCCAAUGGUGUUCAAGGCUCAGCUUUUUGCACUGACUGGAGUCCAGCCGGCCAGACAGAAAGUUAUGGUGAAAGGAGGAACGUUGAAGGAUGAUGAUUGGGGAAACAUCAAAAUAAAAAAUGGAAUUACUCUGCUAAUGAUGGGGUCAGCAGAUGCUCUCCCUGAGGAACCAUCAGCUAAAACUGUCUUUGUAGAAGACAUGACAGAAGAACAGUUAGCAUCUGCUAUGGAAUUACCAUGUGGAUUGACAAACCUUGGUAACACUUGUUACAUGAAUGCCACAGUUCAGUGUAUCCGGUCUGUGCCUGAACUCAAAGAUGCCCUUAAAAGGUAUGCAGGUGCCUUGAGAGCUUCAGGAGAAAUGGCUUCAGCACAGUAUAUUACUGCAGCCCUUAGAGAUUUGUUUGACUCCAUGGAUAAAACUUCUUCUAGUAUUCCACCUAUUAUUCUACUGCAGUUUUUGCACAUGGCUUUCCCACAGUUUGCGGAGAAGGGUGAACAAGGACAGUAUCUUCAGCAGGAUGCAAAUGAAUGUUGGAUACAAAUGAUGCGAGUAUUACAGCAGAAAUUGGAAGCCUUAGAGGAUGAUUCUAUUAAAGAAACAGAUACCUCAUCUGCAUUAGCAGUGACACCUUCUAAAAAGAAGAGUUUAAUUGAUCAGUUCUUUGGUGUUGAGUUUGAAACUUCCAUGAAAUGUACAGAAUCUGAAGAAGAAGAAGUCACAAAAGGAAAGGAAAAUCAGCUUCAGCUUAGCUGCUUUAUCAAUCAAGAAGUCAAGUAUCUUUUUACAGGACUUAAAUUGCGACUUCAAGAAGAAAUCACUAAACAGUCUCCAACACUGCAAAGAAAUGCUUUGUAUAUCAAAUCUUCCAAAAUCAGCCGGCUACCUGCUUACUUGACUAUUCAAAUGGUUCGAUUUUUUUAUAAAGAGAAGGAAUCUGUGAAUGCCAAAGUUCUUAAGGAUGUUAAAUUUCCUCUUAUGUUGGAUGUGUAUGAACUAUGUACACCAGAACUUCAAGAGAAAAUGGUCUCUUUUCGAUCAAAAUUCAAGGAUCUAGAAGAUAAAAAAGUGAAUCAGCAGCCAAAGACAAGUGACAAAAAGAGUAGUCCGCAGAAGGAAGUUAAAUAUGAACCUUUUUCUUUUGCCGAUGAUAUUGGCUCCAAUAACUGUGGAUACUAUGACUUACAAGCAGUGCUAACACAUCAGGGAAGGUCUAGUUCUUCAGGUCAUUAUGUAUCAUGGGUGAAAAGGAAACAAGAUGAGUGGAUUAAGUUUGAUGAUGAUAAGGUCAGCAUCGUUACACCAGAAGAUAUCUUGCGGCUUUCUGGUGGUGGAGACUGGCAUAUAGCUUAUGUUCUACUCUAUGGGCCUCGAAGAGUUGAAAUAAUAGAAGAAGAAAGUGAAUAGUAAUCUUCAUUUUAGCUAUUUAUGCUUAGGUGUGAAAUAAAUGUUACUUGUUGAUAAAUUUCUAUAAUCCAGAGCUUUAGAGGAAGAUAUUUAGGUGGUUUUGUUUCCCCUCAUGAGGAACAAAAGAGGGCAGAAGCAGACUUGAAAGCCACUUCAUGUAUCAACCUAAAAAAUUACAGAAAAGAUGAAAUUGUCUUUGGACGGUGCUGCCCUGUGUAAAAGGUAUCAGGAAGACAUUUUUAAAAGGCUUAUUUCUUGCAUAAUUUUUUUAAAAUUCUGGGUUGAAUUGCCUUUCAGCCAUUACCUUCUGUGAAUUUUCUCCUUGCCUUUCUCAGCCCAAGGUUCAGCACCCAGGUGUUUGCACACCUGUUACCCUAUUAUUUGUUGUCCUUGCAUGGUUCAAACUACCAUUCAUAGCUGCCAUCCUUUGCCUUAUCUAACAAAAAUUUUGCCAGGAAAGUGGAAAGGAAAAGUGUUGCUCUCAUUGUGUAAACUCUGUGCUGCUGUCCACGUCCCAUGGAAACAUGGGUACAAUCAAGUGUUUGUCCAGCCUGACCAGCUGACUCAGUCUGUUCUGUUGCUGGCUUUUUAUGACUUUAAAAUAAAUUGUGAUCAAUAAUAGUACAUUUGAUUAUACAGUUAUUAAGUCUCUCUCUGAUGUACUAUGGUUUGUACAUUUAACUCCACAGUGGUUUUUUAGUAAUCAGCCUUUAAAAAAAAAGGUAGACAAGCUCUAGUUGCUCAUUUUUUAGAAAACAAGGAUCUUUAAUUAAAAAGGGGGUGGGUGGGCAGUAACAGCUUUUGACCUCAAGUCUUUUGUCUGUUGUGCUGGAGCAUGACUGGAGUUACAGAUGUAUAAUACUUAAAAUUUCUGUAGUUGAUUAGUUUUACUCGUCUGUUAAGAAUUCAUUUACAAAUGUUUAUCUUUUUUGCCUGCUUGCAUUUAUAUAUACACACAUAUUCUGUUUAAAAAUACAAAGUUUUAAAAGUAA